AUGCAGCUAGGCAAGCGGCACAAGCUCACAACUAAAAGUGUCUGCCAUGGAAAAGGAGUUGUUGUAAGGGUGUUGGCCUUGCCAGGGCCCUUCUGGGUGAGGCGAAGAAGGGAAGACGGUGUGGUUAACACUCAUGUCUGCUCCCUCCGUCAGCUGGCAGUGUUUAUUUACUAUGCUGUGUGGAAGCCUCAGAAACAGUGGAUCACCUUGGACACAGGCAUCUUGGAGAGUCCCUUUAUCUACAGUCCUGAGAAGAGGGAGGAAGCCUGGAGGUUUAUCUCAUACAUGCUGGUACAUGCUGGAGUUCAGCACAUCUUGGGGAAUCUUUGUAUGCAGCUUGUUUUGGGUAUUCCGUUGGAAAUGGUCCACAAAGGCCUCCGUGUGGGGCUGGUGUACCUGGCAGGAGUGAUUGCAGGGUCCCUUGCCAGCUCCAUCUUUGACCCACUCAGAUAUCUUGUGGGAGCUUCAGGAGGAGUCUAUGCUCUGAUGGGAGGCUAUUUUAUGAAUGUUCUGGUGAAUUUUCGAGAAAUGAUUCCUGCCUUUGGAAUUUUCAGACUGCUGGUCAUCAUCCUGAUAAUUGUGUUAGACAUGGGAUUUGCUCUCUACAGAAGGUUCUUUGUUCCUGAAGAUGGGUCUCCGGUGUCUUUUGCAGCUCACAUUGCAGGUGGAUUUGCUGGAAUGUCCAUCGGCUACACGGUGUUUAGCUGCUUUGAUAAAGCACUGCUGAAAGAUCCAAGGUUUUGGAUAGCAAUCGUUGCUUAUUUAGCUUGUGUCUUAUUUGCUGUGUUUUUCAACAUUUUCCUAUCUCCAGCAAACUGACCUGCCCCUAUUAUAAGCCAAUUAAUAAAAAGAGCCAUCUGGAUGGGGGGAAAAAAAAGGAAGACUCUAUGAAGAAACAGAAGUCUCAGCAAAGGUUAACAACUUUAUAUAGAGGAAAAAACAGCAUUAAACUCAUCAGUUGCAAAGACUGCCUACAAAAGGACCUUAGGAUUUAAGGAAGAGGCUUCUUAAUGUAGAAAGGGAAGAAGAAGAGAGAAAAGAAGCACAGUAAAAACUGGAGAUUGGGGCCAGGAGCAGUGGCUUAUGCCUCUAAUCCCAGCACUUUGGGAGGCUGAGGUGGGUGAAAUCACCUGAGGUCAGGAGUUCAAGACCAGCCUGACCAAUAUGGUGAAACCUUGUCUCUACUAAAGAAAAUACAAAAAUUAGCUGGGUGUGGUACUGCGUGCCUGUAGUCCCAGCUACUUGGGAGACUGAGGCAGGAGAAUUGCUUGAACCUGGGAGGUGAAGGUUGCAGUGAGCCGAGAUCACAUCACUGCACUCCAGCGUGGGUGAUAAGAGCGACACUCCGUCUCAAAAAACAAAACAAAACUAGAGAUUGGGUCUUUCUUUCCCAGGCAUAUGGUAUUCUAUAAAACAGACCUCUCCUUGGAGGAUGUAUUUUGGAGAAUGCUUCAUAAAAUCUAUGAAUACUGUACAAUGCUGAUAAUAAAAACUUUUUAUACCUG